AUGGGGAACUGUAAAUCAAAAAAGGAGAAAUUAAAGGAACCGGCUACGUUUUUUGAAUAUGAAAAACGACGGGAAGUCGAGAAAAGGAACAACAAGGUUGAUACUGCGAACAGAAGGGCCGGCGAGCACAAGCAGCCUCUGCCGCCGCAUUUGCAGGCCGCGCCGCCUCCGGUGCCCAGUCCGGGUUCGGCGGCGCCUCAUAUUCGCUCCUACGAUGAAGAGGCUCUGGAACGAAUGCGCAACGAGCUGCGCACUAGAAGCGACCUGUUUCUACUAAACAACAUCCUUCUUUCAAUACAGUUUUUUGAAAACUAUGAAAAGGAAAUGCAUCAAAUCAAGAAUAACCCCAUAAGUGAACGUGAGCACAUGAUCAACGAAGCGAUGGUGCGACAAAAUAAACAUGUGUUUUUCGCUGAUCGAUUGCAAGAGUCCGUCUACGAACACGUCACAUAUAAUAGCAAAGGCAAACAACAGCCAUUGUUAGCUCCGAGACUUUUUGUUAUAUAUGACAACGUGGAAGCCAGUGAACCAGGGGAUACUUCCGAUUAUAGCGCAGUUCUUGAUGCACCUUUCUACAAGUUACGGAUUGAGGAUGGAAUAGAUCCAGGAUACAUUAAAUUGAAGAAAUUAGAAGUUCUGGAGAGUACUCUACAUAAAGAAAAUGAAGUUAUAAAUAUUAAUAAAGUAGAAUCCGAUGACAGCAUUUAUAGCGAUUCUGCGAAAGAAUCUAAUUAUUCCGAUGAAUUUCCCUAUAGUGCUAAACAAGGUGAAGAGUUGUUACAAGAAAUUAGAACUGGAAUGGAGAACAAAGAGAUGCCCUUGUCUACUGAACUUAAACUAACGAAUAUCAGAAAUCAAAAUAGAGGUGAAGGUAGGAGAUACAGUGGACCGAUAAAGCAGUACAGCGUUCAAGUAACUAAGAGUGAUAUUUCUAACAUACGCCAUCGAACUCUAGAAGAUUCUGUACCUGAAGAAGAUGAUGCGUACGAUAUUAAUGAAAAUUUUGCAAUGGAUAAUACCUAUGACUUUUCAAUAUCUCCCGAAAGUACAAGCUUAAUAAGGCAAAGAAGGUCGAGUGGACCAAUUAUGACUACAAAAAAACGCCCAAAAUCUGAAAUGCGCUCAGCUGUUUCAGAAGGCAAUCUUACCGAUAACACUGAGACUUCGGGUUAUAGAUCAAACUCUAGUAGCAGGCAAACUGAAUCUAGUGAAAACGAAUCAGACUAUGGUUAUGCUACUAUAACUGAGGCAGCAACACCUAAAAUAGUAGAACUCAGUUUGAGAUCUAAGAACUCGCUUACAUCAGGAGCUUUACCAGAAGAAGCUUGGUCACCUGUUGAUGUUGAAGUUUUGGAAGAUGAAGAUGAAGACGAUGAUAAUGACAAAGCACUCCAGUCUGCUAAUUUAUCCGAAAGAUGCUAUUACCUCAACUCUUUGGGAUUUAUGAAAAAUUUUGUUGACGAUUUUAUCAUUAAUCUGGGGUCUGGAUUAGGAUUGAGUACCAAUGAAAUCAAGUCUGCGUUAACACAAGGUGCUAGUAUUUAUUGUGAUACUAUUAGAAAUGGCACCAGAUUUGGGUAUGAAAUAUUUCCUGCUCUUUUUGCUGCCUGGCCGAAUGCAGCUAAUCCGUGGAUUAUACGAGAGAGGAAAGUCAUACAAAAUCCAAGAAAUAAUAACAGGUACCAAUGGCCUGACAAAGAGAAGGUGACCAAAGCUAUAGGAUUUGGAUGUUUAUUGGUACCAAUAGGGCAAAGAAUUAAAAGAGGUCUAAAUCCUAAUCAACCUUUGCAAUGGAAAUUAAUAUUUCCUGCAGUAGAACGCUACCUAGAAAGUUGUCUAGCACAUUCUCACAUUCGUUGCUAUCUAUUUACUUUGGCGUUGCACAAGGCUUUUAUGGAAAACGAAACUGCUAAAAUUGGUUUAGAUGCAAGUCAUAUUAAAAAUCAUCUGUUUUGGAAAUGUGAAGACAAUUAUGCAAGGUGGCCAGAAGAUCAACUUGGUACAGUUUUGUUGGAAUUCCUAAAAGAUUUGUACAGGAAUUUGUCCAAAACAAUAAUGCCAAAUUAUUUUAUAGACAGCUGUAAUGAAAUUGCAAGUAUACCGGAUCCCUUGUUACGUGAACAACAAAACAGCUUAGCAAAGAUCAUCGAGUCUCCUGUGCUGCAUAUGCUACACGCACUUAAUAAAAUAAAAUACACUAAGAGAGAAUUCUAUCCAAAAUUUCAAUGUAGAAAGCUCUUUCAAAUACUAACUUGCAAGGAUCCUUUGCGUCUGAUUAAUCCAAAUCUACCUAAAGUUGUUACUCCCUCUAAGUACGAAGAUAGUUCAGAGAGCGAAACUGAAACUGGAUUUUGGGAGGCAGCCAAAGCUAAUGACAGAGAUUAUAAACGGCGUAAAGCGGCGCAUAAAAAGGCUGAAGAAAAGAAAAAAUCCAAGGUGCCAAUAAAAGAACAAAAAGACGCAUGGAAACAGUAUACAAUACCACGCAAAAUGGACCCGAUACGACGACGUCUUGUUCUCGAAUUCUUCAUUCCUCACUUUAUCGCAAUGGCUCGGUCCAGUGAAAAAUUCGAAGCAAUAAGGCAAGCGCUAAUAUAUUUGGAACACGCUCAAAGACUCUGCAUAUUGCUAUCGGAAGAACCGGGAAGUGAUUCGACAGCCAAGGAAUAUCUGAGAGUCAUUAGAGAAAAAUUGGUUGACUGUCAAAGAAAACUGGUACAGCAAAGCUAUUUACCUCAGAGGCCUGAAAUUAAUCGUAAUCGUAAACCACAACGACACCGCAAGCAGCGACCAAAGUUUGAAGACAUCCCAGAUUCUUCUGCUGAUAGUCCUGGUAUCCCAGCAUUUACUUUUGUCGAUGUGCACGUUGAAAAUGCAACAUACGAUCACAUGAAAUUAAAUGUAUUUACCAAUAGCGAGGAAUCUAAGUUAUAA